CUAAAAUCUGACCCUCCAAGUUUUUUAACGAACUGCAUAAACCCUAAACUACUGUUCUUCUUCGAUCCGUCUGUGUAACAAUGGAAGAAUCUCACAUCGAAGAAGGAGAAAAGCAGAACAAACUACUCGAUGUUGCUCCUGCAUUAAUUACCGUUCAUCCAUCUCAGAAAUCCAUCGCUGUCACUGUCGGAUCGGAUCUUCGUGUAUUCAAUCUUAUAGAUAAUAGUCCAGUUACAUUGGUGGAUGAUGAAUCUAAUGAGUCAUUCCAUAAAGAUUCAAUUAGAGCUAUUCGCUAUAGUGCAAGUGGGAAGCUUUUUGUGUCUACAGGAGAUGACAAGCUCGUUAAGAUUUGGUCUGCUGAGUCUUGGCACUGUCUUAACACCAUAUGUUCUGAGAAAAGAGUUACUGCGGUUGCUAUAAGCCAUGAUGAUUCGUAUAUAUGUUAUGCGGACAAGUUUGGUGUUGUAUGGGUGGUCGAGCUUGAUGGGAAGAAGGGUGUCCCGCUGCUUUCGCAUUAUUGUAGUAUUAUUACUAGCUUGGAGUUUUCUCCUGAUGGUCGAUAUAUUCUUAGUGCUGAUCGGGACUUUAAGAUAAGGGUGACUGUUUUUCCUGAGGAGCCUCUACAAGGGGCUCAUGAAAUCCAGAGCUUUUGUCUUGGACAUACAGAGUUCGUCACCUGUAUAGCUUUUGUCUCCAGUCCAGAGCUUACUCCAAGCUACCUAAUAUCUGGAAGUGGAGAUUCAACUGUCCGACUUUGGGAUAUAACAUCUGGGUCUCUACUUGACACAUGUGAAGUUAGUACAGUGGCUGGACAUUUAGAGUCCAAUGAAAGUGAGCAAACGCAAGUCACAGUUACUGAUCUAUGCGCCAUCCCAGAUUCUUCUCUUGCAGCAGUGGCUAUUCAAAGCUUUCAAGGAAUAUUAUUGCUAAGCUGUGAUAUGUCAGCCCAUACUCUCUCCAUCACAAAGGUGCUUCAAAUUCCUGGAGAAAGUUUUAUCCCCACUAGCAUCUCUUUAAGCACAUCUACACUAUGGAUGGUAUCAGGAGCUUCAAAUGGUCCAAACCAGCCCGGUUAUUCAAGAGUUCGGGCCAUCUCGUGCAUUGAGUCUGAAAAAUCUUCAAUCCUUGAAGAUGAGAAGAUUCCUGGAGGGACAAAACUGUUGGAGAAAUUGCAAGGUAAAAUUUCAAUUGAAGAGAGUAUGAUGAUUGCUGCAUCAGAAGCUGUGAGAGCAGCAAUGUCCAGCCUUUUGAUGAAGAAGCAAUACUCUGAAGAGAAGAGAGAGUUCAGGAAAAGAAGCAGAAAUGAUAAGAAAACCACCAACUAAUUGCAAUCUGUUGAUCUUGUUUGAAGAUCUAUCAUUAUGUUUUUUUGUCACUUUCAUCAUUAUGUUUUAUGUUUUUUUGUCACUUUAAUCAUUGUACCGUUACAUUAUGAUACAAUUGUAGUUUCCAGCAGUGGCAGUUGAGAUCUAGAAUGAACACUUUCAGUACAGAACAAUGAAACUUUCAUAACUAUCUUAGAAAAGGUUCACAGCACAACAAAGAAGCAAACAUUAGUUGUCGUUCUGAGAAGGCAUGAGGCGUAGUCUCUCUUCCGAGAUUUGUCCACGAUUACCACCAAAGUACCUCUCUUCAGCGAGCAAAGACUGUAAAUCGCUUCCGUUGGCUAAGCUAUUGAACUCAACGGCUUUAGAAGGCAUAGUCGGAU